UAUACAAACUUCCGAAAGCAUAUAAGCUCAUCGCUCAUGAGCUCUGCAUCACAGAUCAAGAUAUCUUACUUCAAGAUAUCUUACUUCGGGGUGAUCGCAUUGUUCUUCCUAACAAGCUGAGACAACAAGCAAUUAGCCUUGCACAUGAGGAUCAUGCAGGUAUGGUCCGCUGCAAACAACGCCUGCGCUCCAAGCUUUGGUGGCCAGAGAUGGACAAGCAGGUUGAAGAACGAAUUCGAUGCUGUCAUCCAUGUCAACUUGUCAGUAAGAGCCCGCGACCAGAGCCAAUGGAACCAACUAAGCUUCCCAAGAAACCAUGGUCGAAGCUAGCCAUAGACGUAUGUGGACCAUUUCCCACUGGAGAACAAGUAGUUGUCCUUACUGACUAUUAUUCGCGCUGGCCAGAAGUCAAAAUCUUAAAAUCAGUCACGUCCAAAAACAUUCUCGACUGGUUAUUAUCGGUAUUUGCAACUCACGGAUUUCCAGAUGAAAUAAAGUCCGACAACGCAUCCUACUGUGUUUCUACCGAGUUCAAGGAUACAUUAACUUCUUGGGGAAUAGAACAUAAGACGGUGACGGAAUAUUGGCCGCAAGCAAAUGGGCAAGUUGAGAGAUUUAAUUAAGUUCUCGAGAAACACAUCCUAACCGCACAGGCGGAAGGAAAAGCAUGGAAACCCACCAUUCCAAUCAUGCUACUCCACUACCGCAAUACUCCUCAUAGAAUGACCGGAAGAACACCUUCAUCAUUGCUAAUGAACCGAGAAGUCAAGACGAAACUUCCUAGUUUUGAACAACAGACAAACGAUGAAACUGAAACUCGCAUGAAAGAUGAAGAGGAGAAAGAGAAAUCGACGAAAUAUACCGACAAGAAGCGAAAAGCAAGUCCAAGAAAUCUUGAAGUCGGAAAUAAAGUACUAGUUACUCAAAAACAUCGAAACAAAUUUACGACAAAGUUUCAUCCUGAUCCAAUGGUAAUCACCAAAAUAAACGGCACGCAGAUAGUGUUAAAAGACAAGAAUGGCACACAACAUCGCAGAAACUCAUCGCAUGUCAAGUUAUACCAGGAAAUUCCUGAUCCUGAAGAAGAAAUCCAGAGUGAUCGCAAGCAUGACAGACAAACGGAAAGUCGCGAAGAAAACACCGAAGCAACUCAAACAGAAACCAACCAGAAUACUACAGAAACGGAAAUUGUUCUACGUAGAUCAACGAGAAAUAGAAAACAACCAGACUAUCUAAAAGUAGGUUAAAUUAGUCAAGUUUAAAAUGCAGACUGUUGACAUUUAUUUAGUUUAAAGAACACGGUAAUGAAACCCGUAAUAGUAAUUCCAAGACACUAAGUCUUAGAACGGAACUACAAAGUAAAGAACUACAUAGAAUAGAGAUUUUAGAAACUUUAAAGGUUGAUAUUUUCAUAACUAUAAUUAAGGAAGGGAUGUUGUAUCCAAAUGCUGAUUGGUCAGCUGAAGUGAUUGACAUAUAA